UGCUGUUUGUGGUAUAAGCUGCUUGCCAAAACUCUGAGUUUAUACCACCGUCAUCUGGCAUUGUGAUUUUAACUGUCAAGGGAUCAAGUGACAGCUACUCAAAUGUACAAGCAAACCUUUGCUAUUUAGAUGAAAAGCCUUCAGUUCACCUUUGAUCUUCUGGUGCUGCUUUCUAUCUCAGCACUCAGGAUACAUGUGGGAUGUGGGUACUGGGUGAAGCAGGGGUCUGCAAGAGCCUGCUCCUACUUUGGAACUGGAUUAAUGUUUAACUUGACAUUCAGCUGCACAACAGACUUUCUCAUCUUAUCUUUGGAGUCAUGGAGUUUAAAAAAAAAAGCAGGUUUCUGUAUGAAACAUGCAAAUACAAAAGCCAAGCCUCUGCUCCAGUUACAUGCUAUCAACUACAGUAACAGCUUGAUAAAAUGGGUAAUUAACCUUUUGCUGUAGAUGUUUCUGCUCUAGUUCAAAAAACAAAACGGGAAGACAUUAAAGAAAAGUAAAAACAUCUAGAAGAGAAAACUGCACCUAAAAACAUAAAAUCAAGACUUUAAACUGUGUUUUAAACCAGAUUUAAAGGAAAUAUGUGAUUCUGCAACAUAAGCAGCACUUCCUUGAACAGUUAUUAUUAAGUUAGUAUUUAUCUAUACGUUUUUAAAAAGCUUUACAUGCUUUGCAUUCAGACUCAAAGUCAUGUGAAUACAUGAAAACAGAAAAAGGUAGCAGUGUUAAAUGAAUGUAACAUGUGGAAUUUGGUUGCAUGGAAAGAAUAUUGAAGUUAAUUCAUCAAAGCACAUGCAUGAAAGAAACUUCAGAGUAGAUUUAGACUUUGAGCAACAUAUAAAGAAGAGCUGUCCAUCCCAGAUUCUUCCAAAUAAGAUCUAAAGUGAAAUGGAUGCUCUGAAGAACCAACCUGGAGAAAGUAAUUCACGCUUUUAUUUACUCUAGACACAUCUCUAGAAGGUACAUCUCACCUAUCCUGGCUUUUCUUCAUUGGCUCCCUAUGUGAACUGACCCAGUUGAUCUGAAGAUUUUCAUACUUUUAAAGAAGUCUAUGUCUGGCCACAAGCCAUGCAGAGCCUUAGAUCCUCAGGUGGGGUCCUGCUAUUCAAAAGGAUAAAAUUUUAAAUCUGAGGAUAACAGAUUUAUUAAUUAUGUUGGAAAUAUGCAUAUUUUGUUCCCUUUUUUUAAAAAACUUUCUUUGACAUUAUUCUGUUAUAUAUUUGGCCCUAAUAUGUAACUGUCUGUCAAAGCAUUUCAUAAACGCUGGUUUUAAUAUAAAUGUAAUUAUUACUGUUGCUUACUUUUGAAUUAAUGCAGAGACGGUGAAUACCUCAAAUACUUCCUGACUAGUUCUGUAGGCUGUAUGUAAUGUAGUGUAACUACGCCUGCAGUGCUGCAGAUCAUCCAUCUCACAGACCAGCUGAUAGCACUCCUCCACCAAAACCUCUCUGCUUUAUCAUAUCCAUGAUUAUAUAACUGUAACCUUUCAUUCACGUCAUGUAUGAACAUAGAAACCAGUUUAACAGGCCACUGUACACAUGCAACAAAUUAUAUUUCUCUUUCUCUCAUUAAUUUUUCAACACUUACAUGAACUAAACAUUAAAUUGCUGAGAGGAUGCAUUUCUUUAUGAAGGGUUUAGCAUGGAUUUAACUUGACGGCCAGAAAGGAGUACAUAAUCCUCUAACUUAUCUAGUAAUUGGUUUGACCCAGUAGUAGAGGCAGUAUUAUGCAUGCUGCAUAAUAACAGCUGAAUUCCCAGUUUGACUCCCAAUCUGUUGGAUUUUUAGCGCAUGCCACUUCCUCAUUUCCUGUCAAUGCGCACUGCGCAAUCUAAACAAAAUUGCCAAAAAUAUAUUAUAAACGUAUCGGGAAAUCUAAUAUAUGGACAGUUUCAUGUUACUGUCAUUUGCUGAUAUUUAAGUAUUUUUAAGGUAUUUGAGUCCUGGAGAAAUUUUUGUCUUGCGUUUUUAUUCAGAUUGAGUGCCGUGCCCGUUUUGGUGCCAUGGGAAAGCUUUAAUCUCCUAAUCGCUCCACACAGUUACAGUACAGUGACUGUAUGUUAGGUAGAAGCUGCCCCUACUCCUGGAAUGUCAGUAAUGUGUAACCAGACUGGCUCCAGGCCAAAGUGACUGGACAGCAGAUUAAUACCAUUCACCACACGCACACAUGCACAUAAACGGAGCUCUGUGAGUGUUUGUCCUGGGUGUGACUUUCACUUCAACUCUCGUUGUUUUAUUCUAUUUGUAUUAUAGUCAACUUUUUGCAAAGUUUUUUUUAUUGUAUUCUUUUUACUUUGUUAAUCUUUAUUUAUACAUUUUUUAAAUCUUAUUUUUCUGUCUAAAUAAUAUAAUUUACCCUAUUGUACUAUUUAUUUAAUUGUGUUUUUGGGUUGGCAAGUGGUUUCUGGCCGUUGCUAGGUGUAAUUAGAUGCAAAGAGGAGUACAUUGGUGCUUUACAAACCUCUUUGUGCAUUCUGAAGAAAGAAAAAAGGACUUUGAUACUUGAUCUUUUUCUUAAAAUGUUGUUUUUUCUAUCUACUUGCCAGAACAAACCACGUUCUGAUAGGGUUAAGGAUUAAAGGACUUAUCACUGAUGGUGUUUUAGACCUCACAGGUUUUACCAAAUCUCAACGCCUCAGUCUCUUUAGUUUGUUUUUGCUGGGUAGCAUAUAUGCAUUUAUUAACAUAUAUGACUCAAUAUGUAAAUUGCACACCUGCUGUAUGAUAGUAAAACAGUAAAUCAUCGUAUGAGGAAAGAAGUGCGAUAAACAAUGACAUGUAACAAAAAUCCUUGAUGGCUUUAAAUCCCUGAACCUCUAGACCGGCUCGACUAGGCUAAAACACAAGGCCGUUUGAUUUGAUUCAUAAAGGAUUAGAACACAAGUUGAUCCAAAGUAUGUUUUUCUUUAUUUACACUCCUUCUGCACCAAUACACUGAAGUAAAUGGCAGCAUGGUGGCAAAUCUGCUUAUCUGUGUGUAUUUGUGUGUGUUUUGGAUGAUCUCUACAGAAUUUGAAAGGUAUUUUUGGUUUGGCUGCCCCAGAUGUGCCAUAUUUAUUUUUGGUCUCUUCUCUAACUCCGCUGGUUUUAAAUUAGAGCCUGUAUAUCUAAAAAAUCUCCCAGCUGUCCACUGGUUUUUCCCAUGUGUGAGCGGGUUAGGCUUGAUUUAGUGCAGAUAUACUGUAGAUUUCAAUCUGAUGCUUAACCUGCUUUGCUGAUGUUUUGCACCUUUAUUGCAGCUGGGUGGGCUACAAAUGUACAGCAUGAAGUUAACAAUCUUUAACUCUGCAUGCAGCAGAGUUAAAGUACCCAGGAGGUACUCCCCAAAACAGAAGGUACAUAGUCCAUUAAUUGCCCCGCUGCUCCAUAAUAGUUUCCAGUUGUAGGGUGAUGAAAGCAGCUUUAACACCACCCGCUCAAAACAUGAGUGAAACUCCAUCCAUUUAACAAGCACAUAAACUCAGCUGUCGGUCAGGUUUCCUUUGAGCGGAACAUAAUGUAUAAAACGAUUUUACUCUCUGACAUGUUUUAUGACGCUGAAUGACGGCAGCAUACAGGCUGUAGCUUCAUUUCUGGUGAAACUCAUAUUUAAUUAAAAACAAACAGCCAAAAAGGAUGCUAUAAAUAGCUAUAUCUUAAUAUUGCUUGCAGGUUAUAGCUGUAGAAUAAACAUGUUCCUACAUGUGAACAUGGAGAAGUUGUAGGAAAGAGGAAAGAGUUUUUUGGUGUAGGGAGCCUGUUGGUUUAUAAUUUACUUGUGGUCAAGCAAGCAAGCAAAACACUGGUAAUCAUGUGAUGACUGUUCAGUAGAUUCCAUCCAUCCAUCCAUCCAUCCAUCCAUCCAUCCAUCCAUCCAUCCAUCGUCUUCUGCUUAUCCAAUUCAGGGUCACAAAAGGGAGGGUGGAGCCUAACCUGUACAGGCUGCCAGUUUAUUACCGGGCAAAAGACAGACAGACAACCAUUCACACUCACUUUAUACUUAAAAUUACAAAUUAAUCUUUGGACUGUGGGAGAAAUGCCAGGAGAGAACCCAUGCAGUCACAAAAGGAACAUACAGCCUCCACACAGAAAGGCCGGGCUGGACUUGAACCCGGGACCUUCAUACAGUGUGGAGGUGCUGAACACUGGACCACAGCAUGUUGCAACUUCAGAUUUAUCUGAAUUCAUAAAAAAGGAAGCCACCAAAUAUUGAUAACUGUUGAUAACUGCCUGUGGAAUAAACCUACGCUAUAGGUAUGGUACAACCACAAAUCCUUUAAAAUCCUGAGACCAUGGAGUAGCUUAUAACAAUAUAAAGUAGAAAAGCCUUUGGUGCGCUGUAAUUGGACCUUUGUUAGGUUCUGGCUCCAGAAACGAACCUUCAACACUGAUUGAACACAGGAACUUUUUUGCUACUUUUAUUUUUCAGUGACAUUUCAAUCCACUCUUUUUGUGAAAGAUUAAAUGUCUGGCUCCAUCUCUCCACCAAAGACCAAGUCUUAUGGUAAUACCAAGACACACCCACAGAGCCUUCUCAUUUGGGUUUGGCUGAUUUUAUUCUGAGCCUCUCAUUGUCCGGGGCAAACUUUUUCCUGACCCCAAAUCACAUCUUGCCUCAACAGAUUUAUACAAUUUACAUAUUACAGUUAUUAGUAGGGAUAAUACUAGAGCAACUUAGUUAGUUAGGAUUCUGCCAUCAUAGUUGUAUUUCAAGGAAUUUGAAGUGAGAGUAAUUGCAAUGGGAAACUUAACUGAUGUUGAACUGGGUUUAAAAGCUGUCAGGCAGCAUCUUCUUGCCUGCAGCCUUAUUUCAAGUGAAUUAGAAAAAGAGCAGAAGGGAUAAAUGUCCUUUUAACUAGGAUACCUACCCCCUGAGUUUCUAGAACAUUCAUCACAGGAAAAAUCAUCUCUGGAUAAUCAGUUAACCCUCUCAAGGCAGGCGUUGCAGAUUUGCAACAAGUAAAAGCUAACAACCUGAUUACCUCACAUACAUAUUUUAUGAGUUUUUUUUACUCAGAAGUACCACUGUAGAUAUUCUUUUGUGCAUUAGCAACAAAAACUUAAUUUGAGCCUGAGAGGGUUAAAAGGCUGUAAAGACUGGUUCCACCCAAUGACGACUGGCCUUUUAUUUCUCCUGCAUUUAGAUACUAGCUGGUACAUGAGAAGCAUGCUUAGAAAGCUAUUGUUAAUUUUCUACCUGUUGAUUGAGGUAAGACACAGGGUUUUUCUUAUUUAUUUUUAGUGUUUAGGUAGAUUAACGAGGAAAGGAAAAUGUAAAAGCUCCAGCUGCAGAUCAGUGCUCCAUAACUGACUGACCUCUGACUUUUUUUGUGUUCUUUAGGAAUGCAGGUAACUUUAUUCUUCUCUGUAAAGGGUUUUUAAGACUUUUUUUUUGCAUAGUCUGUGGGUUUACAAUGACAGUUUUCCUAGGUGACAUUUUCAGGAACAAAUGAGAGACUGUAAAAAGGCUCUUUAUCUUUGCCUUUGGGUAUUUUGAAUAUCAGCAGGUAGUGAAGAGGCUAAAAAAAUGCAAAUUGGAAUCUGCUCUCUGUGUUGAAGUAUUUUUAGAAAUAUGCAGCAUCCUUUCACAGAUUAACUGUCAACUGUCAAAAAAGGAAAAUAAAAUAAAAAAAAUUACCAAGUGUAGAACAAAUAUGCUUGUUUUGAAAUACAAGAGAGAGGAGAUAAUUAUAUAUAUAUAUUUUUUUUAUUUAUUUAUUUUUUUUAUUUUGCCAAAUUCUUUGAUCCGCGCCACUCAAACUGGGCAUCGGAGCGCUGAUUGGCCAACCUGUUGUAUUGGGCGAGGUUUUAUUAACUGUCAGGCAGGGGAUUGGCUGGCUGGAGUUAUCGCACCUAAUGGGAGUGGUCUUACUGUAGCCUCGCCUCGCUGUCACACAGACUCAUGCAUUUAACAGACGGCGUGUGAGUGGAACUUGUGGGAUUUCUUCAUUAGCACUUUCGAAAUUGGUCUAUUAGUAAUAGUUGCUGACAUUUCUGCUUCGUAGCAGCUACUAGCUUCAUUUUCUGUUUAUAAAUGGAGAGGUUUGAUUGAGUUGUUUUGACUAUGCCGGUGGAGUAAAGCGAGGAGGAGAAGAGGAAGGGAAGAACGGGAGAGAGUUGAGCGGAUUUGAAAGAGGAAAUCAUUCAUUGCUGGUCGAACAGCGAAGCCUGCGGACAGAAACAGAGGGAGGUUUGGCCAUUUACUGAGGCUGGAGUUUGUUUAGAGCUGAUAUUUGUUUUCUUUUGGGUGGUUUUUUGAUGUGGCGGGUUCUCAGUGGAGAAGUUUUUCCCGCAAAUGACGUGGAAUAGCACGAUGAGCAGUGGCUACAGUAGCUUGGAGGAGGACUCCGAAGAGUACUUUUUCACGGCCAGGACCUCUUUCUUCAAAAAACCCUCCGGAAAAAUCACAGAGAAAAAGGAUGUGGAGAAGGAGAGAGAGUUGCGGACAGAGUUCAGCAAAGAGGAAAUCUGGCAGAGAAUCGAGCAGUACAACUUGCUAACCAAAGACCACCUUAAAAUGACGCUGGGUGCGGGCGGUGUGUACACGGGUUUCAUCAAGGUCCAGAUGGAUUUGCGGAGGCCAAUGACGGUGCAGGGAAGUCAGACAAGAGCUGGGGAGGCCUUCUAUCUGCCCCAAGGAGUCUCCAACACCCUUCAUGUCAGCUCGAAAACCACAGUCAAAGAGGUGAUCGUCGGCUUGCUGAGCAAAUUCACAGUUGCAGACAACCCGGCUAAAUAUGCCCUGUACAAGAGAUACCGGCGGGAGGAGCAGGUUUAUACAUGCAAGUUGGCGGAUGCUGAGAAGCCGUUGUUUCUUCGCCUGGUGGCGGGACCCGACCCAGACCUGCUCAGCUUUGUCCUGAAAGAACAGCAGACGGGAGAAGUCAUGUGGGAUGCCUUCUCCAUCCCUGAGCUGAAAAACUUCCUGCGGAUCCUUGACAAGGAGGAACAGGAGCAGAAGGACGCAGUAAUUCGUCGCUAUGAAACCUACCGGCAGAGACUGCAGGAGGCACUGCUGGAGGUCAGGGGGCCUUCUUAAGAGGAUAUAACCUCCUUGAAAAAGGACUACUGCCCCCUAGAGGGACGAAGGGGAUGUUUUGUUUUGUUUUUCAUUUUUAAUCUCCUGGUGUACAUUUUGAUGGAGGGAGGGAUGUGAACACAGAAUCAGGAGAGAGGAUCCAGCACCUGGAAGAAGGGAUAAUAAAGGAUGACAAGAGGACAGAAAAAAGAGACUGCAAAUAAAAAAGACGAACAGACAGAAUUUUGGUUGCUGGAUUCAAGAUUUCAAACUGCUUCCCGCUCGGCUCCGUCUGCCUGCAAACACCAAAGAUUCACUCACUGUGCCAUAUCCAUUCAUCCUCUUCACUGUUCGCCGUCCAUCCCUCUCUUCUUCUUCUUCUCUCACUCUGUCCUGCUGUCACAUAAUUUAUGCAGUUCAUCCUUUUUGUUUCCCUCACCUUUUUAUCCUUUGAACUUGUGAAAGACUCAAGGCCAUAUGUUGAAUUAUUUUUAUUUAAUUUGUGUGUUUUAAAGGUCUGUACAUAUUUUUUUUUUUAUUUAUAUGGGUGAAGCUUUUUAUUGCUUUUUCUUUUUCUUUUUAAAACAAAGUCUUAUUUUUGUUUUAUUGUAGAGGCGGAGCAACAAUCUGCUUGUUGACACAGAUGCUGAGAAUAGUUUUUUCAGACUUCAGCAGGACACAGAAAAUCCAAACAUCAGAGCAUGAAAGACCAUUUAAAAAAAAGUUAUUAUCAUAAAAUGGAGUUAUUUUAACCCACAGUAGUUGUAAAAGUAAAUACUGAUUCCAAUAAUAAUAGCUCUAAUUACAAAGAAUGAAAAUGGAUUGGAGUUCUUCUGGAUUUAUCCGUUCCAAAAACAUGUCCAAUCAAAAUAUAUGAAUCUGAGAAGAAAUUCUUAUUAUAUUCGUUAUCCAUUUAUAUGGAAUUUAAUUAUCUGUUCAUAUUUUUUGGCACAUUUAGGACUCCAUAAAAGCCAGCCUGAGAUUGUUUGCAUGAAAGAAAGGAGAAAUGAAAGGUGACGUAACGGAAAACAGAUGCAGGAACUCUAGAGAGAUUUUUAAUAGGAAGAGUAAAAGAACGAUAAGAUGAGUCUUAACUGGAACUUAACAGGAAGUAGUUUAGUUUUGGUUGCAGUUUGUAAAAAACCAAAAAAAAAACGCUGUUUGUUUUUUCAUGUGGAGUGAAGAUGAACUGGUGGGAUCUGAAGCCUUUGUGUUUUUUCCACCACCAGCAGAGUUUCGUGAACCAUGAGCUGAAUAGACUGAAGCAAACUGCUUGAACUUUGACCCCCCCCCCACCAUGUGGUCAGUGUGGAGAUUUGACAGGUUUCUGGAAGUUGACUGAGCGGUUCAGAGGAAGUAGAAAAGAAACAUUAGAUGCAGGAAAGACAAAAACUAGGGGAAGAUAAAUGGCACGAGGAGCUAAUACAUGGGAAAGACUGUCAUACAAGCAAUGUGACCGUGGCCUUGAGGACCAUGACGGGGGUUUCCUCCAACCGCAAGUCACUUUGAUUAACUGCUUGUUCACGUUUUGCAUUACGUGAGCUCCUCGAGUCAAUGAGUGCAAGAAAAGGAGGUCUGUGAGUGCUGAUAGCUGCUGAGACCAGAGAGGAAAAACAGCGGCAUUGUGUGCGUUUCAACCAGUCUGUCAGCAGGCAUUCAUUUAAAACGCAACUUUUUGAUACGCUUAUCUUGAACUAAAAUGUGCAGCCUUGACCUCAUAAACCUCUCUUAAGGAUAAAAUAAGAGUGGGACACAAAUCAAGGCACGCAGGACUGUAGUAAACAUGAGGGUUUAAAGGCAGAAAAACUAAAGAAAUGCAUCAGAGUGCAAAAGAAGGCUCAACGAGAAAAGGGUUUUCUUAAGAAAAGGCCUUAAAAACCUGUGAUAUAUAUAUAUGCAAUAUUUUUUUGUGAUGAUGUAAUCUAUCAGUUAAAAGUCAAAGAGGCUUUUUCUUGUUUGCGUGGAAUUUUUUUUUUUUUUUUUUGGGGUGGGGGGGUAAUUUUAAAGAAAACAGUCAAUAAUCUGGACAAACAAGUCAAAACAUUAAUGUUCAUUGCAUUUUAUCUUUAUGUUGCAAAAUGCUGUUUGCUGUUUGAGCUGCAGGUACUAAAUGAUGUCAAACUGAGGGUGCUGCAGGGCGUUUCUGUAGGAGACUGUCGCCAUCUAGUGGUCAAACACGCCAACUGUUCUCUUGCUUCUGUGUCAAACUUGAUUUAUCUUAUAGAGUUAUUUUGUUUUUAUUUUUGUUAUAACCAAAGAUAUUUUUUUGUGUUGUUGCCUGGAGCAAAACAUCUAUUAGGGGCCUCAUCCCACCAGAGGGAAAAACAUACAGUAUAUAUAGUUUAGAGGUUUUAUUUAAAGGGGUUUUAACCCCAGUUUCUUCUAUUAUUAAACACUGGGUUAAUUUUAUGGAAGCAAAAAAGGGCCUUUAGAAUUUAAAUGAAUUAAUUUAAUAUAUAAUCUCUGGGUUAUCAUGGGCAAAAGUCCAGCAUUAUAAACUUUAACACGCAAGGUUUAAAAGAGAAGGCGGCCAACUGGAAUAUGUUAGAAAAUGUUGGAUUAUGGGAAAUGUAGUAUCUAUUGAUUUGGAGCAUUUCUUGGUAAAAGUUGAAACACCCUGACCCUUUCCUUCUCAGAAUAUCAGCAUUUUUUUUUUAUUCCUUUUUCAGUGUCUUGUAGAAAUUCCCAACUUUUAUGUAAUUUCCAAAGACAAAACUCAUUUAAUAACUUAAUGGUUACAUGUAAAUACAAGAAAUUUAAAUUUGGAGGUCUUUUUAAAUGCUUAAUUUUUAGUAUGUCAUUUGAAAACUUUGAGUAUAUAAUUUUAAUUAUUGGUGGUUUUACUUUUUCAAGGUUAACAAAUUCAGAAAACAAAAUACAAUUAUUUUGGCCCUCUUUUGCUUCCAUACUUUAUAGUUGAAAGUGAUGCGAAAGUCUGAAUGGAAACAGUAACUGAAUCUUGAAGCCAUGUUGUUGCUUUUUGUGUAUCUCAUAAACAACUUUAGCUGUUAAAACACAUCAUCCCCGACUAUUUGCAUGAAAUUUAAUUUUUGGGGCACUUUAACUUUGAAUUCAGGGAAAACGGGUUUUUAAAAUUUAAUUUUUUCUCCUGUGUACCGCGAUCACAUGCUCUACUUUAUCUUAACAUCUAACACACUAUAAUCUUAUUAUUCUUUUUCUGUUUUAACUGAUGAAAGUAUAGUGUGGCAGAAGUCGACGAUUGUGAGGUCAUUUAAUAAGUUUUGGUCUCAGUGAGCUUCCGUAGGAUUUUGCUCAGAGUUGGCUGUGAAAUAUUUUGCUUACUGUAAACAAUCCUGGGCUGUUCAACAUUAAAAGCAUGCGUUAUUUUAGAUAAAACAGCAGUCGGACAGCGUCUGGAAAAUAGUUUUCAGAUGCCGUUUCUGAUAGAAAUUAGGAUUUCUGAGGAAUUAUGUCAUGGAAAGCUUUUUGGGCCAGUAGUGUUCAUGUAUGAAGAUCAGAUAUAAUACCUUGUAUGUAUUCAGAGAUGUUGUUUUUAAGGCUGUUCAAACAUACCUACAGUCUGAUAGCGUGCAAACCAUUGGCUCCUUAGUCUUAAUUGAAAUAUUCUUAUACUUUCUGUCAUUUUACACUAUUUAAACCUGUUUUCCUUGUUAGCAUAUGUUUUAUUUCUUUAGAUGUUGCUGAAAUUUGACUAUUGUUCUGAUUGUUAGGCUAAUUUGGAUGAAUUCUUUAUAAAAACAUCACAAAAUCAUCAAGCCUGUUGAAUGUUAAUAUUUUUACGCUUCAUGCGUAUUUAAGAGCUUUCAGCUUCAAGAGCUUUGCUUUUCUUUGAAACUAGCUUCACAUUUUCACUUUUAGUCUUUUUUUUUGUCCCCAAACUGGAUAUAAAUUAGUGUAUUAUAUAGGAUAAUAUAGUGUAAAAUGACAGCUCAGAAAACAUUCACGAACUUUACAUGUAAGAAUAUGUAUUACUUCAUUGUUUUAAAUCUUUAAAUCUUGUUCUUUAAAAACAAACAAAAAAACCCAAACAAACUAAACUAAAUUUGUUCACAAGCUUAAUUUUCUGAGCAGUUUUGAAGCUUCUCUUCUCAGAUUUGUGCGCUUGGGUCUGUGGUUUGAACAUCCACAAACUGUUGUGUUAAAUGCCAAAGACCUGUGUUGUUGAAGCUCUUCCUGAUUUUUCCCAGUGAUGCUGUUUUUGUUGUUGUUGUUGUUGUUGUUGUUGUUGUUGUUGUUGUUCACCCAGACUCACUAUAGAGAAGCGAUACACCUUUUCAGGUUUAUGAUGAGCUUGAAAACACAACGCUAACUCUGUUGUUCUACACUUGAGUUAAAAAAAAAAAUCUAAAGGGUUUUCUGGGUAAAAGUUCCAGAUCUGAGCUGCAGUUGGAGCUCGGUCUGAAAUGUCCCGAUCUCUGUGCCUUUGUACAGUUCAACAGCUGCGGGCAAACCUGAAGGAGAGGCUGAAGGUCUCAUCGUGUUCUCUCUCCGUAGGCUGAGGCGGGUUUAUUUUUGUAGGUGAUUUCAAUCGUUACCAAAUGUGGCCUUUCCUCACGGCAAGGCGGGCUUCAUCUAUUAAAGGUGAAAUUAUAAAAGAAACUUAAA